AUGGACGAGGUGUCCUAUCAUGAGGAACUUAUUGAGUUCUUUGUCGCGGAUAUCGGUGACCACGAUCUCAUCCUCGGCACGGACUGGCUCCACACGCACAACCCAGAAGUCGACUGGUCCAAGUCGCGCGUGGAUAUGACCCGCUGCCCUCCAGACUGCACACUUGUCAACCCUCCUGUUACUCACCUCCGCACACUCCAUCCGCUGUCGUUAAAACGGCCCGUCUUGAUUGAAGAAAUUGAUGAUGAUGAGGACAUUCACCUUCGUGCAUGGCAACGGGCCUCAGCACUACCCGCUGACUCCCCUAUCCUCAUCAACACCGACAAUGACGCGCCUGAGCUUCUCUCCGUCCCGGCGGCGCGCAAAAACCCUGUUACGGUGGAAAAUGUCCCGGAUGCAGAAGACAUACGCCUCCGCUUGCAGCUGCGCGCUUGCUCCCUGGACACAACCCUGGACGAGCUACCAACAGUUAAGGAGGCAUCUGCUGUACUGUCAACACCUGCGGUGUCUUUCCAAUUAGAACAGAACUACAAAGAUGAGUUAGAGGACGUCGCUUCUAUCCCCGUGUCAGUCGAUUGGGUACUCAGGGGCCUACAGCUUGCAUGGAUUGUCCUCGAUAUCAAACACUGUACAUUCGAGCCUGGCAAUACCAUCCUAUUCACAACGGACUACACCGAAGAUCCUGAAGAUGACAAGCUGGUGGAGGAGCAUGCUGCCCAGACCCCAGCUAAGUCUCUUGAAGAGCUUGUCCCAGAGCAGUACCGACCAUGGAUUAAGGUGUUCGACAAGAAGGUCUCAGAACGCCUACCGGAGCACGGCAAGCACAACCACACUAUUGACCUCAAGCCGGAGUUUGAAAAGCACCUUGAGACCCAUCCCAUAAACGCCAAGCUCUAUCCCCAACCCGGCAAUGAGAAGGCAGCCAUAGAGGUGUUCGUCAAAGAGCACCGGGACCAUGGUACCAUCCGCCCCUCAAAAUCACCCAUGGCAAGUCUGUUCUUCUUCGUCAAAAAGAAAGACAGCACUCUGCACCCUGUUCAGGACUAUUGCAUCCUCAACUUGGGCACCAUCAAGAACACGUAUCCGCUCCCACUUAUCGGUGACAUUGUUGAUCGCCUCACUGGUGCCAAGGUCUUCUCCAAGAUGGACGUCCGGUGGGGUUACAAUAACAUUCGGAUCAAGGAGGGCGAUGAGUGGAAGGCGGCGUUCAAGACCAGCUUGGGACUGUUUGAACCUUUGGUGAUGUUCUUUGGCUUAACCAACUCGCCCGCCACAUUCCAGACUAUGAUAAAUGAGGUCUUCAGGGACAUGAUCAAUGAGGGUGUCAUCAGCAUCUACAUGGAUGACAUCCUUGUGCACACAAAAGACAUCACUCAACAUCGGGACAUUGUGCAACGUGUAUUGCAACGGUUGGAAGAAAACAACUUGUACCUGAAGCCGGAGAGGUGCCAGUUCGAGCAGGACCAGUUUGAGUUCUUGGGACUUGUCAUCUCCCACAACCACCUCGCUAUGGAUCUGGUCAAGGUUGCUGGUGUUAUGGAUUGGCCACGUCUGCGUAACGUCAAGGAGGUUCAGUCAUUCAUCGGGUUCGCCAACUUCUAUCGCCGCUUCAUCACCGACUUUUUGUUUAUUGCACGCCCUCUCUUUGAACUGACCAAGAAGAUGGUCGCCUGGCGCUGGGAGGAGGUGGAGCAAGAGGCCUUUGACAAGAUGAAGCACGCAUUUACGUCAUCCCCCGUCCUCCUUAUGCCAGACCCUACUAAGCCAUACCAGGUAGAGUGUGAUGUGUCGGACUUUGCCAUCGGCGCCGUGUUGUCACAACGUGGCGAGGACAAUGACUGGCAUCCGGUGGCAUACCUCUCCCAUGCCCUCACUGCCCUGGAAUGCAACUACGACACCCACGAUAAAGAGCUGCUGGCCAUCAUCUGCGCGCUAGAGGAUUGGCACCAUUAUCUCGAGGGUUCCCCUCACCAAGUCGAGAUCUUUACCAACCACAAGAACCUCGAGUACUUCACCACUGCACAGAAGCUGAACCGGCGCCAGGCUCGGUGGGCCCUAUAUCUAUCCCGCUUUGACUUCAUCCUCCGCCGUCGCCCCGGCCGGUACAACCAUGCCGACCCCAUGUCCCGCCAUCCUGAUCAUCGCCUUGGCAUCUCUGAGGACAACUCUAACCAUGUCCUAUUCCUGGCAGCCGAGGUGUCCAUUAACGCCACUCAACUGGUAUCCCUGGACGAUGUGAGGCAGCAAAUCCUGGACACGGACACAAAGGAUCAGAAGGUCACAGAGGCCUUGCACAUUAUCCAGGAGGAGGGACUAGUUGCUCUUAAGCACAAGCUUGUUGGUUGGGAGCAGAAGGACGGUCUCCUGACAUACAACGGCCGCCUCUAUAUUCCCGACAACCAGGACCUGCGGCGCGACAUUGUACGUCUCUGUCACGAUACACCAGCUGCAGGCCACCCUGGACGUAUGCGUACAAUGGAACUCGUGCAGAGGGACUUCUGGUGGCCCGGUAUGUCGGUUUUCAUCCGCGAAUACAUUCGAGGCUAUGCCACUUGUCAACGCAUGAAGAUACGCAACCACCCACCGGAGGUACCACUCCAUCCAAACAAGGUCCCCACGUGUCCCUUCCAGAUCAUGAUGACCGACUUCAUAACCAACCUCCCACCCUGUCAAGACUUCGACUCGAUUGCCGUAUAUGUGGACCGUGGAUACAAGAUGGUCUACAUUGCUCCCACGACUAAGACGGUCGACAGCCUGGGAUCAGCGUCUCUGUUCAUGCGCUACGUCUUCUCUCACACCGGUCUUAUGGAACAGCUCAUCUCUGAUCGUGGUAACCAGUUCGCUAGUGAAACCACCCGAACACUACUCACCAAACUCGGGGUUAAGUCGUCACUCAGCACCUCCUACCACCCCCAGACGGAUGGCCAAACGGAACACUUCAACCAGGAACUGGAACAAUAUCUGCGCGCGUUCUGCAAUUUCCACCAGGACGACUGGGCAUCCACUGGCAAGUCACCAUUUGAGUUGCUUUAUGGCUUCACGCCGCAUGCCUACCCCCAGCUCAACCCUGCCGCACGCUUCCCACAUCUUCGGGACUGGCUACGUCAUCUCGAGUCCGUGUGCGAGGAGGCCCAGGCUAGCCUGCGGAUCGCUGCGGAACUCAUGAAGGACUGCUACGGCGUCCCUGAGGCUAGCUACAAGCCAUUCAAAGUCGGCGACAAGGUCUGGUUGGAGGGCAAGAACCUCAAAUCCAUACAACCGAAGGCAAAACUCGAUGCCAAGCGGCAUGGGCCGAUUACUAUCACAGAGGUCCUCGGCAAUCCGGAGACCGCCAUCAACUUCUGUCUUGACAUUCUGAAGACUUGGAAGUGGAUUCACACAGUCUUCCACACUCAGCUCCUCACCCCAUACGUGGAGACGCCAGAACACGGCCCCAACUACAUGGAGGAACCACCUGAGUUGGUCGACGACAAGGAGGAAUAUGUGGUGGAGGCCAUCCUCAACGGCCAAGAAACCAGGAACAAGCGUGGCUUUGAAUACCUUGUCAAGUGGGAGGGCUAUCCGGACAUGGCGAACCUGUGGCGACCGGCGUCUGCUCUCAAGAACGCGAAGGAUGCUAUAGCUGAGUACCAUAAACGUCAUCCCAGAGCGCCGCACCCAAAAAAUUACCAGGGACCCUAG